AUGACCAAAGACUCUGCAGCUGUGGCCCUCCAGGCGUGGUGGCGGGGCACCCUGGUUCGGCGUACACUGUUGCACGCGGCCCUCAGGGCUUGGAUCAUCCAGUCCUGGUGGAGGUUAAUCCUGUCCAAAAUGAUAACCCAAAGGCUGAGGAUGGAGCUGGAGAUCUACACGUGGAAAGAAUGGGCGGCGGUGAAGCUGCAGUCCUGGGUUCGAAUGUGGCGCAUCCGUCAGCGCUACUGUCGCUUGCUGAACGCGGUCCGCAUCAUUCAGGUGUACUGGCGCUGGCAUAACUGCCACAGCCGGGGCUUUAUUCAAGGCAACUAUGAGAUCAAAGAAAACCGCUUGAGUAUUCAAUUGCAAAUCUCUUUGGGUGCCCAGGCUUGCAAAGUACAACAAUGCGUAGCCCUUCCAAUAAAGGAGUAA